GUUUGACUUUCUUUUGUCGCUCUACCCAUCUCUUCUUCCAUUUUCAUUUAACUACAUAGGUUCAUUCUUUGGAAUUUUUGUCUUAGUUUAAUUUAUUACAAAUUAUGUGACUGAAUUUUUCAAAUUGUUUUCUCUUCCAGCUGUAGCCUCCUUCAGAAGAGACAGUUCUUCCACUCUCAUCGAGCUCAGAUGCUCGAUGAUUUCGUUGAUGUGACCAAGGAUGAGAAGCAGAUGAUGCACAUGUGGAACUCGUUUGUGAGGAAGCAGCGGUGCUGGAGAGUGUUUAUGUACCGGCCAACCAGACUUCCAUUCAAGAUGACCCUCAUGAAUACGACUGCUAUAAGUCGUAUUCCUUCGAUUUCUGAGGAGUUUUACUUUGAUUUUGCUAACUUUCCAGACAUUCUGAAUGUUAAUGGAUUGAAUGAAAACAUCUUGAUUGGCGAAAGAUCUAUUUCAAAUGCCUUUGACAUGUCUUUGUUGGAAAUAAAUCCAAACUAUCCUGCUGUCCAAGAUUUUGUGAACAACUUGCCAGCAGACGUCCCUAUACUUACUAUUCAAGAAGUGAUGCCUAAGGAUACCAAAAUCAUUAAGAAGAAGGCAUAUUUUCAGACUUUUCCCAGGAAAACCAUUUCUGAAGUUUUUGAAGCCACUGAAGUUGGUAAGUGCAAUGUUAUUUGUACUAUCUUGAAAGUGGACACAGACUAUGCUUGGUAUUUCUUUAGCUGUCUUAAGUGUAGCAAGACAGCGUAUAAGAUACCAAAAAUUGAAAAUGAGACUGUCAAAAAAGGGAAGAAGCCAUUGUUUUGGUGUACAACAUGUAAGGAAGAUACUCCUAAGGUCUUACCAAGGUACAUGUUAAACCUUGCAGUGAUGGAUAACACUGGAAAUACUAUGUGUAAGUUGUUUGACAAAACAGCAGCUGAGAUCAUCGGAGUGUCUGCAGAGGAUCUUUUGGAAGGGAAUUGGGAUGAGAUAAAGGAUCCAACUAAUUUGCCUGGACCUGUUAAAGAUUUGGUUGGGAAGACUUUCCAGUUUGUGCUCAGUAUUGGAAAGGAGAACAUCAAUGAAACAGAUGACACAUACAAGGUGUUCAACGUCUGGUUGGGUAAUGAUUUAUACGAUCUUGAUAAUGUUGAAGAAUCCGAGAACCAGAUUGAUCAAGCUAAUGAUCUGUCUAUUGAUCAGACAGAUAACACAAAGCGUUCUAGGUCUCGCCACAAUGAUGAAAACAGAAACCCAAAUAUCAAUCAUGAAGGUCCUACCAGUAAUGUUCAAGUAAAAGGAAUUUUCAAUCGAUUGUUAGGAGGAAUCAGUAACAUACCAGGCAAUGAAAAUGAAGUCUCUGCUUCUACUGUUGUUGUUCCUUCUUCUUCUAUAAAGAGAAGACAUGAAAUCGGUACUUCUACCAAUUCUCUAAGAUCAGCAAAGAAAAAUGCAAGGACACAGAUCAGACCUGCUCAAGUAUUGCAGAAUAUUACAAACACAACAAAUCCUGACAGUGAGGUUGUCCAAACACCUCUGAAUCCAAAAAAGGUGCCAGAAAAGAAUCCAAAAAAGGUGCCAGAAAAGAAUCCAAAAAAGUUGAGUCCUCCAUCUGUUAACAGCAAAAAAGCUACUAAGGGUAUUAUACUUACAAAUCCAAGAAACUCUUUGAGGUUUGCCAAGUCUUUGUCAAAAGAGAAACAAACAACAAAGAAGAGUUGUUUAGGAAGUAGUGAAGGACACUCUGAUGGAGUCCUGCAUUCAGAAGAAGAAGCCGAAAUUAAUAUGACUGAUCAUCAAAAUGACAGAGCUGCGGAGGAAAAACUUGAACAGGUUUACGAUUGUAGUAGUGCAUAUGACACUGAUUCUGAAGCAUCAGUUGAUUAUGAAUGCAUAGAAGAUAUCCCAAUUUAAGUCAAGCAAAGAUACGAGUUUUUAACAUUGUUAGAUGAAAGUUUGACUAAAGCUUUUGUAGAAAAAAAAACUACAAACGUUUCUAGCAGAAAGAAACAACAAACAGGUACUAUCUAAUCGGAUAAACUUUGAAUCUUUUC